AGACAAACGAGUCCCAUCACCACUGUGCGUAUGGAAUCAUCAUCUCCGAAAUCUAUACACCGCGUUUGAUGCCACACAUGGUAUCUUCUUGCCUUUAGUCAGUAACGCUGUGCGUCGACCGGGCUCUCAUGAUUACACCCUCAUCUAUUUGGAAAGAAGCCCCAGCCUCGCUACGUAGGCCGUCUUACUAGACAUGGCUCUCCUACAGAAUGAAGAGUUCGCUAUAUGGUAUCUACGGACUUCUUUUCUGGCCAGCGUCAAAGAUGGAAUUGCGGAGCGCUUGGUCAGUGUUAACAACUCAGUUCUCAACUCUCCGGGUUUCCGAGCUGCCGGCUGGUCCGCAGAUCCUGUUCAACGAACAUAUUCUCCGCCAAUCCCAACAUCAAUCAAUACCGAAUACUUCCAAAACGGAGCAGAGCUUCAACUCUUGAAUUCGCAGGGCGAUGAAGAGGAAGAAGGUGGAUUGGUGACUGGCAGGGUCAGUAACGACACUAUCGGUCCUGCGUUCAACGCCAGGCGGAGGAGGAGAAAAGAACACGUCGACGACGAUGACAGUAGUGACCUGACCGAUGAAUCGGAGGAGGAGGCUGAGGGAGCACAGCGCGCUGCUCAACAAAUACGCUUUGCAAAGAUGCCUGCUAGAAAUAGAGCUGACUCAUCUCCUAUUCGAAGUACUGGACCAGAUAUCAUAACGACUUCACCUUCAAAACCAACAACGGACAACAGGAGGAGGACAGGAUCUCUCGGAGCUGUAGAGGCUGUCAAGGCUCGUGCGAGGGCUGAUACUGCGACAAGCAGUGACUUGUCCUCGGAGAACGAGGUGGACCCAUCGUACUUCCAGAGGCGCCAACUUAACGCGUCCCGAACAUCGAAGUCAGCACCUCUCUCAAAGGAAGGUAUCUUGCGACCAGGUCGAGGUCAAGUCCAGGACGAUUCUGACGUCGAAUCUGUUGGCUCAGCAAUGUCGUCGGAACUGGGCGAAACAAUUGAUUCCACGUCCCUGCUAAACACCAUGGAAGUUUCCAAUCUCACUUCUUCCCCGCCAUUACUGAGCAGUUUAACAGCGUCGGGGUCGUCUGCACCACGUCUUUCUCACCCAGAAUCACCCAGAAGACAGAGGACAUUGCCGAUUCUACACGAGCUACCCCCUCCUCGGCCCAUCAGCUUCAUUCAACCCAAGAGUCUACUCUCGGCCGCCUUGAAUGCGGAGAAAAAGGCACCCAGCAAUCCGCUACAGAAGUUUGCCGGUUUGUCUGGCAAAGGCAAUCCCAAUCCCCUUUGGAUCAAGAUCUAUGCACCUUGGUCCAAAGAAGCUGACGAGCCUCUUGAGAUGCCUUUGGCGCGAACUUCGAAGGACGGCAAUCCUGUAAGUGUGGCAGAAGCAAUCGGUCUUAGUCUCUGGCGAUAUCAGGAAGAGGAAUUAGAGCCCGCUCUCACACCUGCACAACUUGAUGUCAAUAAGUGGACGCUUCGAAUGGUGGAAGAUGGUGAGGUGGACGACGACUUUCCUCCUCUUGUUCGCACACGUCCUAUAACCGAUUUUACCUACAACAACAAUCGCGGAGGAAGAGGACGAUCUAGGGAUCGGCCGUUUGAUGAAUUCGCUUUAGUGGAAGCAUCACCGGCUCAAUAUGAAGCCAACAAGAAGGAAACGCCUCAGUAUGCAGCAGCCGCGGAGGCAGAAGUUCUGCCUGCUCCAACACCUGAGCCGAUCAUCUCACAACCACAGCCACCCGGUCCGCCGAAACAGACACAAUCCAGCAGGAACCUCCUUCUAGCUGGGCAGCCGUUCGCUUCAGCUUUGGCUAACGCAUCACUGACACCUGCAGAUAUGCCCGCUCCUUCUGCCCCAUCAGCCACUCCACGUAUGGGCACAACCAAGACGAUCCGAAUACGAUAUUUCGAUAUCGAUGUGGCCGCACAAACGAUGACCAUGGAAGUCUCAAUAGACAGUUAUAUUGCAGAAAUCCUGGACCACGUCUGCAAGAGAUGGAACUUCGAAAAGGCUGGCUUUGUCUUGAAAGUCGCAGGCACAAACACCGUGGCACCGUUGGAUAGGACGGUGGAGGCCCUAGGUCCUCGGUCUGAUUUGGACCUUGUGCGAAGACGUUUUGGAGCAAGUGUACCGACUUUGACAGGAUCGCCGGGCAGUUCGUCACCUAACGCACCUCUUCUACUGGACAUACAAGGCCCGAAGAAGACCAAGAAAGGCCAGCUGCAUCACCCGUUGGCACAAAAGCAGGAUCUGGUAUCGAGCGCCAGCAAUUUCAAGAAGUACUACGUGAUCCGGAAGCAACUAGCACCAUUUGCGCAAGGCAGUCAGAGAACUCUUGUAUUUGAUGGCGACCUGCUACAUGUGAUGCCUACAGAUCCAGCGACAAAUGCGAAAUUCACCUCAUUCCCCUUCAGCGAUAUUCUCCGAUGCAAAGUGAGCACCAAACACUCCAAAUUGUUUCGGGUUUGGGUCCGGAGGGUCAACGAAAACAAACGAUAUGAUUUCGAGGCACGAACGGCGGCAGAAGCCCAGGAAAUCGUGGACGAGAUAGCCCGGGAGAUGAGACAGACGCGGGCAUGAUAUUUGAGGUACCCCCAGCGACAAGAAGUUGAUUUACUUCCUCUAUACUCCCGUAUAUAGAGUCCAAGUCUCCGUAUUACCCUGAGGAUGGCUCAUGGCGAGGGACCCUGGUUUGCGCCGGCCCCUCUAGAGGGGUAAUCAAUCUACGAUUCGGCCACCCACGGCCAUGCUUGACGUGUAGAGUGACAUACGUGGCUGAAAGGAGCGACCAAAUGGCCCGGAUUGCUGUGUAAGAAAGAAAGAGCUUCCCCGCGUCCAGGUCCAAGAAUUGAACAGGCACAAAU